AAUAGAAUUUAGAAGGCAUUUAGAGUGCCACCUAAGAUUUUUAUUAAGGUUUCUAAUUUUUCAAAUGUUUCUCAAUUAAUAUAUAUGAGAUUUGACUGGUCAAGAGCAGAGACCGGAGGAAGAAGGAAAUUUACCAUCGUAUACGAAAUUGCUAAAUCAAACAUCAGUCCCUCUUUCUCGCGCUCACCUUUCUCCGAUCAUUGCUACUCCUCUCCCGUCGUCGUUCCUUUCCAUCUCCGAUCAGAUCCGAUUUUACAAGAAAGGCAGUGAAUAGGUUAGCCGGAUAAUCUCAGUUGCUAAUUCCCAAUCGUUUUUUUGUUUCAACAUUUUCCCGACCAUUGUAGACAGAUCUCGUGUUUGAAAGUUCUGUCGCUUUCUUGUUGUCGGAAGUGAAACCAUCAACUGGAUGGAGUUUUGUUCUGUCCUGUGUGCCCUAAUAUUUUUAUUUUACAUAUUGGUUUCCUUGCUCCCUACGUUAGUGCGCAUUUUCCAUUACCUGUUAAUCUUUUGGUGUCUUAAAUUGCUAAACAUGUGAUUUUCUUUAUGGAUCUUAAACAGGUCGUGAGUGGGAUAUCUGUAUAAGCUGUUUAAUAUGGAAGAAGACGAAGAAAAAACCCUCAAUGUUGCUGAUAAGCCUGUGGUAGAGAACAAUUUUGAUAUAGGGAACCCUAGUUUUAUUCCUGAUGAACACGCUCAUGAUCACGAGGAUCUACAAGGGAUUAGUUUAGUUGACGAUGACAAUUUCGAACAAGUUUCUCUAAAAGAGGAAACAUCUCUUUCAUCAACGAGUCUAGAUCCUCUGGUUCAGUCCCCACAUAGACCCAAACCAAAGGAUACAAUGCAAAACGUUUCUCCAGAGUUGCUCCAUCUAGUUGAUUCUGCCAUCAUGGGCAAGCCUGAAAGCUUAGACAAGCUAAAGAACAUUGUCACCGGUGCUGAAAGUUUUGGGUCUGGAGAUGAUGAUGCAGAGACUAUUGCUUUCCUUGUUAUUGACUCUCUUCUCGCUACAAUGGGUGGAGUUGAGAGCUUUGAAGAGGAUGAAGAUAGUAAUCCACCUAGUGUGAUGUUGAACUCUCGUGCCGCCAUUGUAUCUGGCGAGCUUAUCCCUAACCUUCCUUGUUCUGGUGACAGUGUUGUCUUCAUGUCUCCUAGGACACGCAUGGUGCGUGGCUUGCUUGCUAUCUUACGUUCUUGCACGAGGAACAGAGCUAUGUGCUCGAUGGCUGGACUGUUAAGUGUUCUCUUGAGAUCAGUAGAGGAGAUACUUGCCAAGGACGGUGAUAUGAAAUGGAAUGCAUCAGCUUUGUUGCACAGUAUACAACACUUAGCUGGACACUCACUUAGUGUUGAAGACUUGCAUACAUGGCUUCAUGUUACUAAAACAUCUCUUCCAACAGUGUGGUCAAGCCCUUUAAUGGAUGCUUUGGAGAAGGCAAUGAAUGGGAACGAAUCAAGAGGACCUUCAUGUAGCUUUGAGUUCGUUGGUGAAAGCUCAGGGCUACUUGGUCCAGGAGAAACUCGUUGGCCUUUCACUAACGGCUAUGCAUUUGCAACUUGGAUUUAUAUUGAAUCCUUUGCUGACACACUAAACGCUUCAACCGCAGCAGCCGCCAUUGCUGCAGCUUCAGCUGCCAAAUCAGGAAAGACAUCGGCUGCUGCUAAUGUACAUGCUGGUGAAGGUACAGGUCUGUUCAGCUUCUUGACUCCUGAUAAUAACCAAGGAAUCGAAGUGUACUUCUAUGCACAGUUCUUAGUAGUUGAGAGUAGUAGUGGUAAAGGAAACAAAGCUUCACUUCAUUUCACACAUGCUUUUCAGCCUCAAUGUUGGUACUUCAUUGGUCUUGAACAUACAUGCAACCAAGGACUUUUAGGGAACUCAGAGAGUGAACUGCGUCUCUACAUUGACGGUUCCUUGUAUGAGACUCUUCCCUUUGAGUUUCCUCGUAUAUCUAAACCACUUUCUUCUUGUUGCAUUGGAUCAAACCCUCCUCCUCCUGCAUCUGCUGACCGUCGUCGACGUCAGUGUGCUUUGUUUGCUGAGAUGGGACCAGUGUACAUAUUUAAAGAACCCAUUGGUCCUGAAAGAAUGACAAGAUUAGCAUCAAGAGGUGGUGAUGUUUUGCCUUGUUUUGGCAAUGGGGCUGGUCUUCCAUGGUUAGCUACAAAUGACCAUGUCCGUAAUGCGGCAGAGGAAAGCUGUCUUUUGGAUUCAGAGCUUGGAGUGUACAUUCACUUACUUUACCACCCAUGUCUACUUAGUGGACGGUUCUGUCCAGAUGCUUCUCUACCUGGAGCAGCAGGUACUUUAAGACGACCAGCUGAAGUGAUUGGACAAGUCCAGGUUGCAACAAGAAUGAAGGCAGUGGAGUCUUUCUGGGCCUUAGCUUAUGGAGGACCAAUGUCUUUGCUUCCUCUAACAGUUAACAAUGUGUGUAAAGAUACUCUUGAGCCAUCUUCUAGUAAUCUUCCUACAUACGCUCUUGCUGCACCUAUCUUUAGAAUCAUCUCAGUUGCUAUUCAACAUCCUGGGAACAAUGAAGAGCUGUCUCGUACUAGAGGCCCUGAGAUUCUAGCCACCAUCCUUGGCCACCUUCUUCACUCACUUGCAUCCCUUAGAGUAGAAGAUGAUGAACUAGUUGCUGCCAUUGUCUCGGUUUGUCAAUCUCAAAAGAUCAACCAUGCACUCAAAGUGCAGCUCUUCCGGACACUACUAUUGGACCUGAAGAUAUGGAGUGUGUGCCAUUACAGACUUCAGAAGAAUCUCUUGUCAUCACUUCAAGAUAUGGUGUUCACCGAAGCAGAAGCUAUGAGAAAUGCUGAUGCUAUUCAGAUACUUCUUGAUGGAUGUAGGAGAUGUUACUGGACGGUUCAAGAGAAAGACUCUGUCAACACUUUUUCUCUAGAUGGGGAUGUGCGACCAAUGGGGGAAAUUAAUGCAUUGGUUGAUGAGCUUUUGGUGAUUAUUGAACUUCUAAUGGGAGCAGCAUCUUCUUCCUUUGCUUCUGCUGAUGUUCAUAGAUUACUUGGCUUCAUAGUUGAUAGUCCACAGCCAAAUCAGGUUGCAAGGGUAUUGCAUCUCAUGUUCAGGUUGGUUGUACAGCCAAAUACUGCAAAGGCUCAGACAUUUGCAGAGGUGUUUAUAACAUCAAGUGGGAUAGAAACACUUCUUGUUCUUCUGCAGAGAGAAGCGAAAAUGGGUGAUGACAACAUUGUAGAAUCUGUGGCUACUACUCCUAGUGAACAGAGUCAGCACAAUGAGUCUGGUUUGUUAAAGAAGUUGGAUUCAGUUCCACAAGACAGUCAUGCUCAUGAUAGUGACUCAGUUACCAUCUCCAUCUCCAUGAAUGAUAACAGAACAUCAUCUGUUUCUGAAACCCCAUUUAGUAACAACACAAGGAACAAUACAAGAAACAAUGUUGACGAUAGUGACUGCGUUGUGGUUGGGAUCAUUAGAUUGAUUGGUGCAUUGAUUUCAAAAGGGCACUUGAAAUUCUCUCUCGGUUCCAAGUCUGAUGUCAUGAGUAACCUCAUAGGUCAUGGGAUUCAUGAAACUGGUGGAACAAUGUUUGAUGAUAAAGUAUCAUUGCUUCUAUUUGCAUUGUUGAAAGCAUUUCAAGCAGCUCCAAAUAGGUUGAUGACUGAGAAUGUCUACACAACUUUGCUUGGGACCUCGGUUAAUGCUUCAUCAACUGAGGAUGGCGUGAACAUUUAUGAUUCAGGUCAUCGCUUUGAACACCCUCAGCUUCUGUUAAUCCUCCUGCGUUCUCUGCCAUUUGCAUCUAAGGCUCUACAAAAGCGAGCACUUCAGGAUCUUCUAUUUUUGGCUUGUAGCCAUCCGGAAAACAGAAGCAGUCUGACAAAAAUGGAUGAGUGGCCUGAGUGGAUCUUGGAGACUUUAAUCUCAAACUAUGAGAGAGAUGCAGGUAAACAAUCUGCUUCACCUGGCUCUGCUGAGGUGGAAGAUCUAAUUCAUAACUUCUUGAUCAUAAUGUUGGAACAUUCAAUGCGCCAAAAGGAUGGCUGGAAGGAUAUUGAGGCUACAACUCAUUGUGCAGAGUGGCUCUCUAUUGUUGGUGGGUCUAGCACUGGAGAGAAACGCAUUAGGCGUGAGGAAUCACUACCAAUUUUCAAAAGAAGGCUUCUUGGUGGGUUGCUAGACUUUGCUGCCACAGAACUACAAGCUCAGACUCAAGUUAUCGCUGAAGCAUCAGCUGGUGUCGCAGCAGAGAGUCUAGCACCAAAAGAAGCAAAGGCUGGAGUAGAAAACGCUGCUCAGCUUUCAGUGUUUCUCGUCGAAAACACAAUUGUGAUUUUGAUGCUUGUGGAAGAUCAUUUACGACUACAAAGCAAGCAGAACUGUGCUGCAAACGCAGUUGAUGUUUCCCCAUCCCCUCUCUCUCUUGUUUAUCCCAUUAACAACCGUCCACACACAUUGACAACUGUAGGAGAAUCAUCAGAGGUUUCUAGCAGCCGUGCUUCAGUGUCCAGUGAUUCAGGAGGGGUCCAUCUAGAUAUUCUUGCUUCAAUGGCUGAUGCAAGUGGCCAGAUAUCUACAGCAGUAAUGGAGCGUCUUGCUGCUGCAGCAGCAGCUGAGCCUUAUGAAUCUGUUUCAUGCGCCUUUGUUUCAUAUGGAAGCUGUACAAUGGACUUGGCUGACGGUUGGAAGUACAGGAGUAGAUUGUGGUAUGGUGUUGGACUACCUCCUAAAACAACUUUUUUUGGUGGUGGUGGAAGUGGUUGGGAGUCUUGGAAAUGUUCUUUACAGAAAGAUGCUCAUGGAAACUGGAUUGAACUUCCUUUGGUUAAAAAAUCAGUUUCCAUGCUUCAAGCUUUGCUGGUUGAUGAGUCUGGACUUGGAGGUGGGUUAGGAAUUGGUGGAGGAUCUGGCACUGGGAUGGGAGGGGUGUCAUCUCUCUACCAGUUGCUGGAUAGUGAUCAGCCUUUCUUAUGCAUGCUUAGAAUGGUGCUCUUGUCUUUGAGGGAAGAAGACCAUGGUGAAGAUAGUCUCUUGAUGAAAAACUUAAGUUCUGAAGAUGGUUCCUCUAGUGGACCAUUAAAUAUCAGUCCUCAGAUCUCACCAUCAGCAUUAUUGUGGAGUGUGCUAUCUCCUGUUCUAAACAUGCCAAUAUCUGAUUCAAAGAGGCAGAGAGUAUUGGUUACUACAUGUGUUCUAUACUCUGAGGUAUGGCAUGCUGUAAGCAGAGACAAAAGGCCACUACGUAAGCAGUACCUAGAGGCAAUAUUACCACCAUUUGUUGCAAUUCUCAGAAGGUGGCGACCUCUUUUGGCUGGCAUUCAUGAACUUUCCACUGCUGAUGGUUUGAAUCCUCUUGUUGUUGAUGAUCGUGCUUUGGCUGCUGAUGCACUCCCCAUUGAGGCGGCUCUUUCUAUGAUCUCUCCGGAGUGGGCAGUUGCCUUUGCAUCACCUCCUUCUGCAAUGGCACUGGCCAUGGUAGCCGCAGGAGCAGCUGGUUGGGAAGCGCCUCCACCUCCAGCACCACCAGCACCUCCAUCUCUUAGGCGAGACACAUCAUUGCUUGAGCGUAAGAGUGCUAAACUUCAGAGCUUCUCCAGCUUCCAGAAGCCCUUGCAGGCUCCCAAAGAUGACACACCAGGUACACCAAGAGGUAAGGCUGCUGCAAAAGCGGCUGCUCUGGCUGCUGCACGUGAUCUUGAAAGGAGUGCCAAGAUUGGUACCGGGAGAGGUCUAAGUGCUGUUGCAAUGGCCACAUCUGGUCAGAGGAGGACUAUAAGUGAUAUGGAGCGUUUACAGAGAUGGAACGUCUCUGAAGCUAUGGGAGUAGCGUGGAUGGAAUGUCUUCAGCCAGUUGAUACAAAAUCAGUUUAUGGAAAAGAUUUUAAUGCCUUGUCUUACAAGUUUAUUGCUGUGCUUGUUGCAAGCUUUGCCUUAGCACGUAACAUGCAGAGAUCUGAGAUUGAUAGGCGUAAACGAGAUGAUAAAAUAAUGAGGAACCGCUUGUGCAUGGGAGUACGUGGAUGGCGCAAACUAGUACGUUACUUAGUAGAGAUGAGAUGCUUCUUUGGACCCUUUGGAGACCAUUUAUGCAGUCCUAAACACGUGUUCUGGAAACUUGAUUCUAUGGAAAGUUCUUUAAGGAUGAGACAGUGUUUAAGAAGGAACUACACUGGUAGUGAUCAUCCUGAGGCAGCAGUAAACUUGGAUUCUGCAUUAAAUGCACCUUUUCUUGCUGUUGAAGCAAUACCAAAGGAGAUAAUGUAUGAAGAUGAUGAAUAUAAAGAUGCAAAUGAUCUUGAACACGAAGGGAAAAAUGAAGAGAGGAUGUCUGGCUCACUUGAGGAUGCAAUAGAACUGUCAAGUGGAAUCAGUGAUCCUCGACCAUUGAGUGACCAAGAUGUGGUUCAGAAUUCUAGAGAAGUGGUUCUCAAGGAACUUGAUGAAAGGAUUGUUCUUGAAAUUUCCUCUUCUAUGGUCCGACCACUAAGGGUUGUGAAAGGAACCUUUCAGAUUACAACAAGGAGAAUAAAUUUUCUUGUUGACAUGAGUGAAUGCCAAGAUGUAGAUGGUAAGUCAGAAGGUUCAGAAGACCAACAAAGAGAUCGUAGUUGGUUGAUGUCUUCUCUUCAUCAGAUUUAUACCCGGAGAUAUCAACUGAGAAAGAGUGCUUUGGAACUAUUCAUGGUCGAUCGCUCAAACUUCUUAUUUGAUUUUGGGAACACUGAGGGAAAAACUAAUGCAUAUAGAACUAUAGUUCAAGCAAGGCCUCCUCAUUUAAACAAUAUUUACCUGACAACUCAGAGGCCAGAACAGCUUUUGAGAAGAACUCAGUUAAUGGAACGAUGGUCUAGAUGGGAGAUCAGCAACUUUGAGUACUUAAUGCAGCUCAACACGUUGGCUGGGCGUAGUUAUAAUGAUAUCACUCAGUAUCCUGUUUUCCCAUGGAUUCUGUGUGACUAUACAUCAGAAGUCCUGGACCUUUCAAAUCCAUCUAGCUUUAGAGAUCUUUCAAAGCCUAUUGGUGCAUUGAACCCAGAGCGGCUUAAAAAGUUUCAAGAACAAUAUACAAACUUUGAAGAUCCAGUAAUCCCCAAGUUCCAUUAUGGUUCACAUUACUCAAGUGCUGGAGCAGUGUUAAAUUAUUUAGCUAGAGUUGAACCUCUUACAACACUCUCAAUACAACUGCUCGGUGGAAAGUUCGAUCUUGCAGACCGAAUGUUUUCAGACAUUGCAGCCACAUGGAAAGGAGUUCUACAAGAUAUGGAGAAUGUAAAGGAGCUGGUUCCAGAGUUGUUUUACCUUCCCGAGGUGUUGACCAACGAGAAUCAUACAAAGCUUGGUACUGCAAACCUUCCUCCUUGGGCUAAAACCCCUGUUGACUUUGUACACAAGCAACGAAUGGCUCUUGAGAGUGAGCAUGUCUCUGCACAUUUGCAUGAAUGGAUUGAUCUCAUUUUUGGGUAUAAGCAACGUGGUAAAGAAGCUAUAAUGUCAAAUAAUGUUUUCUUCUAUACUACGUACGAAGGGACUGUUGAUAUUGACAAGAUCAAGGAUCUUGUACAACAACAAGCUACUCAAGACAAGAUAGCUUACCUAGGGCAAACACCGUUCCAGCUUUUGACUGUUCCUCACAUCAAAAGAAUGCCUCUUAAAGAUGUCCUUCAUAUGCAGACAAUAUUUAGGAACCCAAAGGAGAUAAAACCGUAUCCAGUUACAGCACCAGAACACUGCAACUUACCAGCAGCAGCAAUCAAGGCAUCUUCUGAUAACGUUGUGGUCGUUGACAUGAAUGGUCCUGCAGCACAUAUUGCACAGCACAAGUGGCAACCAAACACUCCCGAUGGUCAGAGUACACCUUUCAUCUUUCAUCACGCUAAGGAGGCUUCAACUGGUGUAACGUUGAUACGCAUGUUCAAGGGUGAUUCUGAGUAUCCACAAGCACAGGCUUAUGGUUCAUCAGGAAUCAGAAGUUCUUCGGUGACUGCUAUUACAAGCGAUGGAGAGAUUAUCACUGGUGGACAUGUGGAUAAUAGCAUCAAGCUAGUCUCAUCUGAUGGAGCCAAAACACUAGAAACAGCUUUUGGUCACUGUUCUCCUGUAACAUGUCUGGCGCUGUCUCCAGACAGCAACUUCCUUGUAACAGGUUCAAGAGAUACAACUCUUUUGAUGUGGAGGUUUCACAAGGGACUCACUUCUCAGACAAGUGAGUCCCAACAGACAAAAACCUCUGAGACACCUUCCUCCGCAAGCAACACCUUGAUGAACAAAGCCAAAAAGCGUCGCAUUGAAGGGCCUAUACAAGUGCUCCAUGGCCACUUAAGAGAAGUAACAUGUUGCUGUGUUAGCUCAGAUCAUGGAAUAGUUGUUUCUUCCUCUGAGUCAACAGAUGUUCUAGUGCAUUCCAUAAGGAAAGGUCGACUAAUAAGACGGAUUGUUGGCGUCAAGGCUCAUGUUCUAUGCAUCUCUUCUGGUGGAGUUUUAGUGGUUUGGAGUAGAUCAGAUCGUUCUAUCAGCACGUUCACCAUCAAUGGUGUUCUUAUUUCAAAAGCGAAACUUCCUUCCUCUUGUACUAUAAGCUGCAUGGAACUGUCCAUGGAUGGUCAAAACAUUGUGGUCGGCGUGAACUCGUUUUCCUACACUGGUGAAGAAGAUUCAUCAAGUGGAGACAAUGCAAUUAACAUACUGGACGUUCCAUCUCCAUCAAUAUGCUUCCUCAACUUAUACACUCUCAAGGUAUUCCAUGUGAUGAAGCUUGGUAAAGGGCAAAAUAUAACAGCUAUGGCUCUGAACAUAGACAAUACUAACCUCUUAGUUUCCACUGAAGAUAAACAGUUGAUCAUCUUCACCAGCCCAUCUGUAAGUUUUUUGUUACCAUGUUUACAUUUUGAGCAUUUUACUUCAGCUUCUUCAUUAGUUGCUACCAUUUUCUUACUAGUAAGAUUUGCUUAUGAAUCAGAAUCAAAUUGCUUCAAAUUGAACUCGAAGGUGGUGGAUCAGACAGUGAAACUUGGAUCGUAAUAACAUUGUAUUCAAUCAAAACCUUUCGAUAAAAUUAACGGCAAACUCACGGAACUUUACUAUGUAUAGUCAGGUUUUCACAUUUUCUUCGUAUGUAUUAUUAACUUAUGAUUAACAAUAACAGUAUACUGGUAUGGUACUUACAAACUAGAUGAUUACGUGGGAUAAGUACCGUAGAAACAAAUGUAUGUUGAUUAGUAUUACGACUUUUAUGAAUUUAAAAUUUGUCAAUGAACAUAUUUAAGGGACAAUAUAGAAAAGUUGAAAACUAUACUUGUUAACUGUCUUCAGUAUAGGGGGUAAUAUAAGAAAAACUGCAUCGAGUUACAACAAGACCGUUAAAGUUAUUAGCUGUCUUGAAUUUUAUAAGUAAUAAAUAAUACUACUACCAUAUGACUAUCUUGAGCUGUCCGUAUAACAGUUUUAAAAUAUACGUUUGCAGCGUGAUUCACGACUUUGUUUAUAUGUUUUGCCGACCAAAAUAAUUAAGGAAAUAUAUAAAGGAGGCAUAGCUGGUAAGAUAAACUCAGAUCACACACCCCGUUGAUUCACAUUAUUUCUUUCAUAACACAUACGUUUCUCUCUCUGGUCACAAUUAGAGAAGGAAAAUUUCAUCUCAUAAAGAAAUCAUCACAUCCCAAAGAAAAAAAAACGCGAAGCUGACAUCAAAACGUUCAACAGAUUUCUUCAAGUAGGAUCAGUAACCAGGUACGUCUACUUCGGGAAAUGCUAUGGUAAUAGCCACGAAGAGCCUUACAAGAAUCCACCAAUCAAACACCCUCUU